ACUCAGUUUCCUUCCAAAAGAAAGAGAAAGAGCAUCGUUUUGAGCAAAUGAGUAGGAACAUGGAAGUUAACGCAGGCAGUUCCGGCGAAAUUCCGUCUCCAAUAAGGAACCGAUUUCAGAAAAGUGGGAGUCAAGCGGUGUACGAGGUGACAGAGACGAAGAAAUCUUGCGUGACGAGAGUCGACAUGCCUGGUUGUCCCGAGUCAGAUCUCACCUACUGGGUCGACGCCAACAACGUCCACUUCUUCGCCGACGAACCAGCAAUGCCUGAGUACGAAAACGCCGGACGCAAAUACGGAGGCUCCAUGAUUUUCAACCCUGAGGCUUACGACGUCAAGAAAACUAAAGUGAAGCUUAUCAACGGAGUGCUCUGGAUCACCGUCCCUAAGAUCCCAGGCAAAAACGCUUCCAUUAAUGUCAAGGAGAGGAUCCUCCAUUACUGAUUUAACAACACCUUGGUUUGUGUCUCGUAAUGGUACUUGUGUCUAGCGUCUCUAUCUAUCUAUGAACUUUGAUGCAGCUACUGCUUUAUGUUUAUCAUUUUGUGGUUUAGUUAAGAACGAUCUUGCUUCUAUAUGUCGUGAUCUCAAUAAAGAAAAAGUUGUCAGCUUUCUUUGUUCUAUUUAAUCUUACAUUAACCUAGCUAUUCGAUAAGACUAUAUAGAUCUUUG